AUGCAAGUUUUUAAAAAUGCAAUAACUUUCCUAUACUUGUUGAGACUUGUUUUGGUGAACCUUGCGGUGAACGCUUUAGUGAACGUCUUGGUAUCAUUCAUGGAUCUAAAACAAAGAAAUGAGCCAGCUCCAAAAAUACUUUCGUACGUCAAAUCGGAAUUAAUUUCCUACGCCGAGAACACUACAAUAAGGGGCUUGCCUCGUUUCGUAAAGUCCAAGGACCCCUUCCUUAAGGCCAUCUGGCUGAUGUUUCUUCUUACCUGUACUACAGCAUUGACUGCUUUUUUAUAUUUUGCCGCGGUUAAGUUUGCCAGUUGGCCAAUCUUGACUAAAUACGGUGAAAUGGUAGAUGGAUGGAUAAAAUUCCCGGAUGUCACAAUAUGCAACUUAGAUACAUUCGCAUUCGGCUACCCGGAUAUUCUACCAAUCCAACUAUAUUUUUUUCUGUUAUUAAAAAACAAGAUGACAAUAUUGCAACAAAUGGUGAAAAAUAAAAAUUUCAGCGAGUUACAGGCCCAGAAGUUAUUUGAUGAAUUGCACUCAGUUCCCGGUUACAUACUCAAUUUACCGAAAAACUCCGAUGUGAACAGGGAUUGUCCAGGAUUCAUCCUUCAAUGUAGCAUUCACCUAGGCAAUUGGCCUGACGAUAGCAUAGACUGCUUAAAUUCUUUCGAAAAACACUGGAAUUCAAACUACUACACCUGCUACACCUUGAGGACAAGUAAGCUGCAACUCUCAAGCACCAACACAUCGGUCAAAGGAUUGAACUUAGUUUUGAACGUUGGACCACCCAAUCUUUUCCAAAUCCCAUACCUACAUUCUUUCACACGGUCUCAAGCCAGAGGAGUUCAGGUGAAUGUGCACAGCUCUGGCACCCCAGCAAGUCUCAAGAAUGGAUUCAGUGUGGCCCCAGGAACUGAAAACAUAGUUACAAUCGUCCAAACAGAGAAACAACGAUUGAACAAACCUUACCAUAAAGAGGGAUGUACUCAUGAAACGAGCUUAAAAGUCUCACCUAAUGAACGCUAUACACGCGAUUCUUGUGUGGAUUUCUGCAAACAGGAGAAUAUACUGAAGAACUGCGGGUGUGUGUCUCCUUACUUGGGCGUUCCUCUCUCUUACGUGCACACGACUGACAUGUGUGGCAACUUCUCAUUGAAUCACUCUCUUAUUCUCCAAAACAAAUUUGACGUUUCCCUGUUGAAUAAAAAUGUUUAUGAUAAUUUCCGUUGUUCCGAAAAGUAUCUUAAAGGAUUUUGCAACUACAACUGUUUGAAUCCUUGCGAUGAAACUUUAUACGAAACUUACUUGUCUACGGCAGCCUGGCCUCAGUAUUCAUUCCAGUUCGGAUUUUUUGAGAAAUAUAUUUACAAGAUGAACUGCACUAAAACCAACUCUGGAGUAGCCGCAAGGUAUGAAUAUUACACGAACAUAUUGGAAAGAUUUUAUCAGCUGGGCGACGUUUAUUCCGAACUUUCCAGCAUAAAUGUGAAUGAAUCGGAGCUAAAACAAAUCCAAGAAUCUUUCCUGACGAUAAAAUUUCUAAUCAAAGAGGAUUUUCCGUACUACAGCAUGGAACAGGGUGCCUACACGUGGGAUACGGUGGUUGGAGUUAUUGGAGGGAUGCUUUCCCUCUGGCUAGGGAUCUCUGCGGCUACUGUCGUUGAACUGGUUGAACUGGUUGUGGCUCUCCGGAUGAACAUUUCUACUGUUGAUACCUAA